AUGCAGGUUGAGAAUGCAGCCAUUCAGGUGGCCGAGAAGAGGCUGCUGCAGCAGCGCUUGAAGCAGAGAAGAGGGAUGGAUGGAGUAGCAGGAGCAGGUGUUGAAAGAGCUCCGCCUGCUACUGCUACUGCAAGCGCUGAUAUGAAUGCUCAACUUAUGCCUGUCAAUGGGGCCAAGCCUGUCAAUACCAACACUGUGCUCGCUGCAUUCAUCUAUCGGGUUGCUUGCAUGUUGCAGUGGCUCCGAGUCUACGGCUCAGAUUCCACGUCGGAGAAGCAUUGCUUCAUUGAGCAAGGCUCUCAGAGCAAUGUCCUGCCCAUGCGCCACCCGCUUCGGAACCUUCCAAGCCUUCUGGUCAGGUUUGGCGCCAUCCCCAAGCCUGUGGAGGGAAGCAACGAUCCGUUGGAGUGGGAGGAAUGGCCUGGGGGCAACGAAGCUGCUGUGAAGUUUCAUGUGAACCGAAAGGAGAGGUGUUUUGGGCUUGGGAUUGCGGAGGAGCGUGGUGAUGAAGCUGAGAACUUAACCCAGCACCCUCCUCAGCACACGUCUGAAGCACGAGGGAGCUGCAGGCGUGUAAAGAAAGAAGGAGCCAGGCAGGAAGCUGAACAGCGCAGAGCGUGUGGGCUGGUGGACUGCCUAGACCUCCCUGCUUGCGUGCCGCGCCCCUUGAACCUGCACAUGCUGCUCACACGCGCGGAGCAGGUGCCCCUCUACUUCCUCCUGCACAUGGCACUCUGGUGCGCCCAGCCUCUUCUGGACCGCUGUGAGUUCAUGGGCUAUGAUGACAUUGGGAAAGGGCAGGGCGUGGGGUCAGGUGCGAGCGAGGAAGAUGAGAAGAAAGGGGGGAAUGCUGACAGGGUGGAGGUGCAAGACCACUAG